ACUAAUCUAUUGGGUUCCGCCCCACACCUCUGCUUCCGCGAUUGGGACAAAUGACUGCCCCUCAGCAGUGUCGCCUGGCAACGGGGAAGGGGCGGCUCCUGAGAGGAACCCGUGGGCCGCUGGAUCGGACCAGACAGGACACCACCCGGAAGCCCGGCAGGAGAAUUCUGCCAGAUACCAGAAGAGAUGGGGAACAGCGGAAGCCGUGUGGGGCAGAGCUUUUGUUCACGGUUUCUUCCUGAGGAACAGGCAGAGAUUGAUCGAUUGUUUGAUGCUCUGUCAUCGGAUAAAAACAGUCCGAAUGUCUCCUCCAAAUCCUUUUCUCUGAAGGCACUACAGAACCACUUCGGGGAAGCUGUUCCCCUGGAGAUGGUCACCAGGCUGUACGAUGGCAUGCGGAGGGUCGACCUGACAGGGAAGGCGAAGGGACCCAGUGAGAAUGUGUCCCAGGAGCAGUUCACAGCAUCCAUGUCCCACCUGUUGAAAGGAAACUCCGAGGAGAAGAGUCUCAUAAUUAUGAAAAUGAUUUCUGCCACAGAAGGUCCCGUGAAGGCCAGAGAAGUCCAAAAGUUUACAGAGGAUCUGGUUGGCUCUGUGGUGCACGUGCUAAGCCACCGACAGGAGCUGAGAGGCUGGCCUGGGAAGGAAGCCCCAGGGCCCGCCCCCCGGGUGCAGGUGCUGGCUGCUCAGCUGCUCUCUGAGAUGAAGCUGCAAGAUGGCAAGAGGUUUCUGGGGCCCCAGUGGCUGGACUGUGACUGUGACCGAGCCAUGAUCGAGGACUGGGUGUUCAGGGUCCCCCACGUGGCCGUAUUCCUGAGUGUGGUCAUUCAUAAGGGCUUUCUCGUCCUGUGCUCGUCCCUGGAUCUGACUACCCUGGUCCCCGAGCGUCAAGUGGACCAGGGCAGGGGCUUUGAGAGCAUCCUGGACAUCCUCUCUGUCAUGUACAUCAACGCCCACCUGCCUCGGGAGCAGCGGCACUGCUGGCGCCUGCUCUUUUCAUCUGAGCUCCACGGACACAGCUUCUCCCAGCUCUGCGGCCACAUCACUCACCGGGGACCCUGCGUGGUUGUCCUUGAGGACCAUGACAAGCACGUGUUUGGUGGGUUUGCCUCCUGCUCCUGGGAGGUGAAGCCUCAGUUUCAAGGGGAUGACAGAUGCUUCCUGUUCUCCAUCUGUCCCAGCAUGGCCGUGUACACACACACAGGCUACAACGACCACUACAUGUACCUGAACCACGGACAGCAGACGAUCCCGAAUGGACUGGGGAUGGGGGGGCAGCACAAUUACUUUGGGCUUUGGGUGGAUGUUGAUUUUGGGAAAGGACACAGCAGAGCUAAGCCCACGAGCACCACGUACAACAGCCCGCAGCUGUCGGCCCAGGAGAACUUCCAGUUUGAUAAGAUGGAGGUGUGGGCAGUUGGAGACCCAUCAGAGGAGCAGUUGGCCAAGGGCAACAAGAGCAUCCUGGACGCGGACCCUGAAGCCCAGGCCCUGCUGGAGAUCAGUGGGCGGUCGCGCCACAGCGAAGGGCUCCGGGAAAUCCCGGACGAUGAGUGAGGAGCCGCCUGAGCCUUCCUGGAUCCCUCUGGGUAGAGGGGGCACCGCCUGCAGCCCCUCUUCCCUCCCCCAUGGUUUAACUGUCAUAGAGUGCCACACGGGUGACAGCCAGGUAGUCCCAGAUGUGCCAACAAGACGCCCUCUGAAGCCAUGUCCUGACUGAUGGGUGGAUCUCCCAGAAAUAGACGUUUUUUAAAUUUUAUUUUUUGCCCUACAGGGUCACUCUCAGGAUCUCUCCGAGAAAUCUUAAGUGUUAAAUUAGUAACGCAAUCUUAUACUUUGUUCUUUUUUACCAAUGAAAUCCUAAGCAGCUGAGACCUUUCAGACCCCUGCUGGCGUUAGGGAAUCCCGCUGGCGUUAGGGAAUCCCGCUGGCAUUAGCGUUUGUUGGGAGCGCAACUUCUCUAUUGAGGAGGGGCUUCCUCCCGCUGAGGUUCACAUGGCCUCACUCAGGCCAUCCUGUUAGAAGGUGGGACCUGAUGGUCUGUUCUGAUGGGUAAGGGACAGAGGCAUCUGGAUGAAUCUCGACGCUUUCUGGGAACAGCUUCCAAUGGCAUGGGAGUUCGUAUUUAAAAGCAUGAACUGUAUAAAAUGGGGAAAUGGAGGCAGGAGACUGAGGUAACAUGGUCUCGUGGUGGCGUGAGUCCUCAGGAGGUGUUUGUAAUUAAGGUUCCACACCCAGCUCUCUCAGCUGUUUUUAAAUGAAUGUGUGUCAUGAAUAGAUGGGAAAGUUGGGAGAUCUGUCUACAGAGAAGCAAAGUUGUGGUUCUCUUGCUAACUUCAAGGUGAGGGACACUGGGUGCCCUAAAUUUGGGAGCUUGGUUGAUAAAUAUAUACAUGGUCCAUUCCAUAAAUCAGUGGUGAGUGACUGGCCUGGGUUCUAGACCUCUGGGAACCAGCGCCUGAGUCACACCUGUCUAGGCCUCGGUGCUGGCCUGGGUCCUAGACCUCCGGGGACUGGUGCCUGAGUCACACCUGUCUAGGCCUCGGUGCUGGCCUGGGUCCUAGACCUCCGGGGACUGGCGCCUGAGUCAACAGUUGUUGGUACAGCCAUUUGCCCAGGGCUGCUCGCAAGGGGGAUGAUGGAAAAUUCAGCAGUGUAAACUCGCUUUAAACAAGGUCCGGUGAUCCCGAAAUGCUGAAUAUCAUGUAGGUGGGUUGUUGGGUCAGCAGAGCUGCCAUCUGCCCACGUCUGGAUAACAACACACGGUGAGUCACCAGUUGGCCAUGAGGAUUCUCCACUUUAAAGGCACUGUGAGCUUGUCUCUAAGAUACAUACCUCUGCCUUUUGUCUUUUGCCGUAAGCUUUGACCUGUUGCAGAUCUGAUGAAAAUACAACCUCUUAUUAUAUAGUUUACCUUGAUUAUAAGCCAUAGUAAAUCUAGCUGUUCGCAUUUUGCAGACCCUGCAUUUUCUACUAGGAAGUUCAUCAAACCUUCCACUUAGCAAUACCCCGACUCAGGCAGAAUGCCUUGUAAAUUAGCCUUCAAAAGAAAAGUGCACGCUCAGACAGUGUGUGGAGGAGCAGGAGCGUGAUGCAGACAAGGACUCAGUCAUGACCAAUUGUCCUUGGCCAGUUUUUUAAUGGCUUGUGGGGAACGUUGUAAUCUUCUGAACUGACAUGUUGGCAGAUAUAGAAUAUUAGGAUGCUCAAACAUCUCUACCAUGAGUCCAAGGAAUUUAGGUCCCUAUUGUCACUUUGUUUUGGAAUGUUUUUUAUAAAAAUGCAACUAAAUACCUCACUAUUAAACUGCCAUGAUGCCUCAGUUAAAAAAAAAUUAAAAUAAAGGUCUGUCAGCGUC